CCCCCUCUUGGCCGCUUCCGAUGUGUGUGGUGGCUGCGUCUGCGGAUGGAACUCCGAAGAUCUGGUCCGUUUCGCCAGGGGAGUGCCUCCGCACUCUGGAGGGCAGCGCUGGCCAGAUGGCAUUCCGCAAUGGUUCGCCGAAGCGGCAGCGAGGUAGUGGCUGUCUCCAUUGACGGCGCGACGAAAGCGCGGUCCACCGCGCCAAGGGAGUGCUUGUGCACGCUCGGGGUUGAAGAGGACAAAGUGGGCAGCGCAAUAUUUUCGUCCACUGGGCAGGAGGUCGUGACAAUAUAACAACUUGUAGCACCGCAUAAUUGGUUAAUCUCCUCGGGAGCAUGUCUGCGCGCGCUAUCGCGCGAGUAGUAAGUAAAAGGCGGCGUGUUCUCGAGCAGCGGCCAGGCGAUGCUGGCCCUCUCGCGUGGCGGGCUUGCCAACGAUGUGGUCAGCUGUUUCUGGGGAGUGCCUGCGCGGUCCUGGCGCCAGAGGGCUUGGAUGAGCGGCUCUAUGCCGCACUGCCCGCACGAGACGGGCAAGAGGUGCUGACCAGUCCGGAAACGCUUUCGCGAAGAUGUGGUCCGUCGCCACGGGAGAACGCCUCGGCGUCUGGCAAGGGCGCGAGGGCGCCGUCCCGCCGCGGCCCGCGGCCUGCUCGCCCGACGGUAGCGCUGUGCUGAUGGGCUCCGACAGCGGCGCGUCGGGCAUUCGGCUGGUUGCUACUGGGGAGUGCCUCUGCACGCUGCAGGGCCACGAGGGGCGCGAGGUCUUUGCUGCGUUCUCACCCGACGGGCUGGAGGCGUCGACGACUUCCGGGGGGGGCGCCGCGAGGAUUUGGUGUGUCACCGCCGCGGGCUGCCUUCAUGCAGUCGAACGCGUCAUGCCGUUCGCCGCGUCCUACUCGCCUGUCGGACAGAACGCGCUGGCGCCAUCACCCGACGGCACAUCGAUUAUACGAUCCGCGUCUGGGGAACGCCUCCAUCAACUGCAAGGCACCAUUGCUAGUUUCACAUCGCGUGCGUUAGGUCGUCUUUCAGGAUGCUUAAUUUGUUCCAUGCUACAGUUUGGUUGUUUCGAGGGCACUCUCUUGGCAUGAACGCGGCAAGCUCGAC